AUGACAUCUCUCGCAACCACUCUCGGCCUCCGGGCCGCUUCUGCUGGCGCAUUUGUUCCCAAUCAUGCGGCCGGUUACUUAGCUUUUAACUUUGCUUGGUCUUACCUUGCCUUGGCAUCCCGUCACCUCAAGCAGCUAUGGGGAAUUGACCACCAGAGCGCGCCGCGCGACGACAUUGCCAAGUACGGCGAGGCGGCCGUGCGGUCGGGCAAGAUCACCCAGAGCCAGCUCAACAUGCUGAAGCGCAACGAGGCCGCCUACGCCAACUCGGUGGAGAACUACACGCUCCUCGUCGGCGCCAUUGGCCUCGCCACGGCCGCCGGCGUGGCGCCCGAGGCCAUCAACCGGGCCGGUCUGGUCUACUCGAUUGCGCGCGUCGCCUAUGGCUUCUGGUACGUCUUGGUCGAGAACGACACGCUGGCGCUUGUCCGGGCCCUCUUUUGGUAUAUUGGCAACGGAAGCUGUCUAUAUCUGCUGUGGAAAGCUGGCGAGUUACUCACCAAGGCGGCUUGA